CGUUCCGGUAGUUUGUUUGUACUGCACACAGUUACAUACGGGCUUUUGCUGUUCUAAUUCUUCUUUUUUAGCAGCAGUUUUGAAGUAAACCUGUAAUUGUUGUCCAGGUAAAUUGUAUCCAGACGACGUUUUCUAGCAGGAAACCCGGAAGGUACCCAAUAGCUGGAUGAUUAUCGGAUGGAGGAGGAGCAGAGUCCAGGUUCUGCUGUAGUCAAAGGAGGUGAAGGAGCGCAACUAGUGCAGGAUGAGGAGGUGAAAAAGGAGAGCUUCCUAAACGAGGCAGCUGCUGAGGAGGAGGACGAUGAAGAUUCUCUCCCUCACUCUGAGAUCCUGGAUAUUUUUGAAGAAGGACUUGCUCGACUUGUGCAGGACCCUUUACUCUGCGACCUGCCAAUCCAGGUCACACUGGAAGAAGUAAAUUCUCAGAUAGCUUUGGAGUACGGCCAGGCGAUGACUGUGAAGGUCGUGAAAGCAGAUGGUGAAAUCAUGCCCAUAGUUGUAGUCCAAAACGCUUCAGUCCUGGACCUGAAAAAGGCCAUUUGCAGAUUUAUGGAGUUGAAACAGCAACGGGAGGGAGGAAUAAAACAUAUCAGCUGGAGAUAUGUUUGGAGAGCCUAUCAUUUAGUAUUUGAGGGUGUGAAGCUUGAAGAUGACACCUUGAGACUAAAAGACUAUGGGAUGAGAAACAGAGACGAAGUGACGUUUAUGAAGAGACUCAGAAAAAAGUGACACACCCAGAAUUUGCAUCAUGAGGAGAGAAGCACAAAAUAGUUGUAAAUUCUGAUGAGCUGAUGUUAAUUUUAUAAAUAAAUGUUUGUUUUGUUUGUUUACUAGACUUGUUAUUAAUUUUCCCAAUGUUCUUUUGUGAUAAAACCCACUGCUAUUGAGGCAAAUUUAAUAAACUGGGUUCUAACGACUGUU